UAGAAAUUUACAACGAACAUAAAUCACGGAUUAGAAAUAAAAAGAUUCUCUAUGUGUUCAGAUAUGAAUAUGGAAGAGCAUAAAUAAGUAAACAAAUAAUACAAAUAAAUAAGUGUGAUGUUACGUCAGGUGUAAUGGCGGCAAUUAAUUGUGUCAUUGUUCUAGCUCCGAACGGUAGAAGACAGAAUGUGAAAGUUACACCAAAUACCACUAUUUUGCAGGUUUUGGAAGAAGUAUGCAGGAAACAGGGUUUCAAACCAGAAGAGUAUGAUAUUAAACAUCACAACCAUGUCCUCGACACAACGUCAGUUAUACGGUUUUCUGGGCUACCUAAUAAUGCACAGCUUGAGAUGGCAGCAGCACAGAAAGCACGACAGGAAACGACUGUUAUUCUAGGUCUACAGUUGGAAACUGGUGAUCGGCUCAUGGGUGAUUUUCACCCAACAGAUUCAUUAUGGGAUGUGAUAAAUAAGUUAUGUUCAGAAGAAGCUGAUCCUAACUCAAACCCAGUCAUUAUAUAUAUGCGCAAAGAAAUAUUUGGUAUGAAAGCUCUUGAAGAGACAACUCUUCGUAGUCUUGGGCUCACAGGAGGUAGAGCCAUGCUUAGGUUUCUUCAUCGUACACCAGAAGAAUUACAUCAUCAGGCAAAUGUCUCUGGACCUCUGCCUCAACGAUCUGUAGCAAAUUUUCCACCACAAAAUGCAUCUGAAUCAAACACAUCUCCAGAACAGUCUCCCAUUAUUAAAACUUCUCUAUUAGACCCAGGGUGCAGUUCAGCAGCAGGAACUAUAGAUAGUUCAAGUAGUGGUCUAACAGAAUCACCUACAGUUGCAUCUAUGUCUGUAAUACAAUCAACAGCUGAAAAUGUAAAUCAAAACAUUUCUAUGGAAAUAUCAGCGGGAAGCAUCUCUUCAUAUUCUAUGCAGAUGGUGUUGGAAAAUCAGAAAGAAGGAAUAGAAAGUAAUGAUUUAUCAAUGGAAACUUCAGCAGUUAGUUCUGACGCAACUCUGUCAUUAUCAGAUCACAAGGAGCCUAAUGAAGUAAUACUGUUAGGAGAAAGAAAUGCCAUUGCUUUCAGUCUUGAAGUGGCCCAAACUGUACCUUAUGAAGAUUUGCCCGAUGAUUUCUUUGAACUGACAGUGGAAGAUGCACGGUCCCUUCUCAGUGACUUGAAGAGGAGGAGAGAAGAAAUGGAAGAGACAUCACUUGUUACAAGUGCACAGAGAAGUCUAGAAGAGUCUAAGCGAGUGCUGUCUCUGUUGAAUCAGUACCGUCGAGCUGUAAUCCGAAUCCAUUUUCCUGACCGUACAGUUCUCCAGGGGAUAUUUUUGCCUCUUGAAACUAUUUCAACUGUCAUGGAUUUUGUUAGAAGCCAUCUGGAAGACCCGAAGACUGAAUUCCAUCUUUAUACCACUCCUCCCAAAAAUAUUCUAACGCCUGAAAUGAGACUUUUUGAUGCUGGGUGUGUACCAAGUGCUAUGGUACAUUUUGGAACCAAGGAUACUCUGACUUCUGGUUCUAAAACAUACUUGCAAGGAGCAAUACUCACUCAGCUUACUUCACCCAGUGCUGCGACACUUGCAGCUUACCGAUCCAGGGGAAUUGAGCCAGGAGUGCAUGCAGUUAGCUCUCCUGCUCUAUCACAGUCCAAAUGUUGUGGAAGAAUUUGACACCUGGAAGAAAAUUCAUGAGAAGUUAGGCCAAAAACUGAAUGAGCAAUGAAUAUAGACAGUAGACCAAGUAUAUUUUGCAACUUCCACAGAGAUAAGUGGGAGCUCCCAAUAAUAAGGUUCCAAAAUGGUAUAAACCUAUCAAAUAAUUUAGAGAAAACAAGUAUUUUACCAUUACUCUUUCAUUAUAAAAUAUGAUCAUGGGAAAUUAAUCUGUAUAUUAUAUGAAACUAUGGUGCUGUGAAGAUCAUUACUGCACACAUGAGACAGAAUUAAGUGAAUGGAAUUUCAAAUAUUUUCUUUUAUUAUAAAAGCAAGUAUUUGCACUUCUUUGGUAAAAAAAUAAAACUUUGUAAUUCACUCUGUUGUAAUACUGAGAGCAUCAUGCCAGAAAGGCAUAUCAACAAAAUGACUGAUUUACAGGAGACUAAAUUCUUAUUCUCAUUUGGUUUGACAAAUGUACCUUAUUACUCUUAAUACACCCAGAUGUUAACUGUCUGUAUCUCUCUGUAGAGCAGCAUCAGCAUUAUACCCUUCUGGCAUGACAUACAACUCACUACUGUACAGUGUUAUAUAAACUACAGUAGAGUGCUGAUUAUCUGGGACCGAAUUAUCCAUGUAUUGGAUUAUCUGUGGUCUUAGACUGUCUGUAAUAUGUAAUUAUAUUUUUCUUAACUGCUCACAACACUGUAUUUCCCCAGCUGUUGAUACAUUACUUUAUGGAAAAUCAAGAUGACAUUAUGUUGACCUUCUUAAAAACUGUGGGUAUGUAAGUAUAAUAAAAAUUAGACCAACACAAAAAUUAUAACUUCCUGAUAAAAUUACAUUAAGAAGGAAUUUUUAGUCUUUUUUGUGUUUCACAAUGUGAAUACAUGUGUUUCUGUGCACAGAUAUGUAUAAGAUCUUAUUUUACUUAUAUAGAUGAUAAUUCUAAUAAAAUAUAAUUUGCAUUAA